GGAAGUCAAAUGACCAGUUUACAUUUUGCUUGCAGUGAGGGAUCUGGAAAACAGAGGAGUCAAUGCAAAUAGGCUCUGAAAAUGUUGUUCAAACGUGUGGAACCUGUGACAAACUUGUCCUGAGCAAAUUAAAGAGAUUGAUACCCAUCAACCUCUGGCAGGAAGUGAGCAGUAUUUCCAGACUUGCUGGGCCAGUUUUUUUGUCACAGCUGAUGAUAUCUCUCCUGGAUAUUGUCAGCUCUGUGUUCUGUGGACAUUUAGGGAAAGUUCAAUUGGACGCAGUCAGUCUUGCUAUGGCGGUAAUAAAUUCAUCAAGUAUCUGCAUAGGUAUUGGGUUGUGUACAGCGUGUGAUACAUUCAUAGCUCAGACGUAUGGCAGUAAGAACCUGAAGCGAAUUGGAGUGAUUCUCCAAAGAGGGAUUCUCAUUCUUCUGAUCGCCUGCUUCCCCUGCUGGGCUCUCUUCAUUAACAUUGAACACAUUUUAUUGGCUUUCAAACAGUCUCCUGCAGUAGCCAAGUUAUCACAACUCUAUGUGAAGAUAUUUAUCCCUGGCCUCCCUGUAACGUUUCUCUACCAGUUGGAGAUCAGAUACCUGCAGAAUCAGGGGAUCAUCAUGCCUCAGGUUUUUACUGGUUUUAUCGCCAACAUCUUCAAUGCUGUCAUCAAUUACCUCUUGCUCUACGUGCUGACGUUGGGAGUGCCGGGCUCGGCUGCUGCCAAUGUUGCUUCUCAGUACUGUCAGCUUCUCCUCCUGUUCGGGUACAUUCGAUGGAAGAAGUUGCAUGUUCAGAGCUGGGGAGGUUGGUCCACUGACUGUCUGCAGGAGUGGGGCAACUUUACACGCCUGGCCAUUCCCAGCCUGCUGAUGAUUUGUAGUGAUUGGUGGGCGUAUGAUAUUGCAAUAUUCCUUGUAGGUAUAAUUAGCGAAGUUCAGCUUGGAGCCCAGACCAUUACUUUACAGAUAAUGAUGGUGAUAUAUACGAUUCCUCUGGGAUACAGUAUGGCUACAAUUGUUUCUGUGGGGAAUGCGCUUGGUGCUGGUAAUCCACAGCAGGCUGUCAACUCUGCUAAAGUUGCUGUAUGUUGCAUUGUGUGUAAGUAGUGGCAUAUUAGCAGGAGCUGGAAAGCAAAAAAU